ACGGCACAGGCGUGGCUUACCCAGUCGAAGGCUCGGGUCGUCGGCUCCUCCCUCCUGCAACCACCACUCCGCCGUCUCCCCCAUCCGAUCUCCCGCCCACCGGCAGAGGAAUCCCCGCCGGGGAAGCCUCGGGCGACGCGGUCUCGCUCGCGCGCGCGUCGCGUCGCGUCCUAAACUUAGCGGCCGCGAGGAGGAGGCUCCGGGAGAGGCGGCCUCCGGAAAUAGAUAGGCGGAGGCGUACGUGGCGCGGGCGCGGAUGGGGUACCUGCCGUCGUCCCUGGGAAGCAAGGCCGCGCACUUCGUGUCCGACCUCACCACCGUCAUCCUCAACCCCAUCUCCGAGCGCGAGCCAUCCUCGCCACUCCCCGAGGUGGACAAAUGCGAAGAAAAAUCAGAGGACGAUAAAGACUCUGAGCAAAAUUCUGACAUCCCCGAUGGCCCUGACACAUCUUCCUUUAGAGCAUUCUUGAUCUCAUUCCUUUCACCAUCUGGGUCUAGUAAGGAUUCAAUGGAGGUAAUUCCUGAUCAGGAUGGGGAAUUGGGAUACCCAACUUUAAUGCCAAUGGCGAAGUCAAAAAAGGGAAAGUCCGGGCUUCUAAGUAGAGGAAAACAUUCCAUUGGAAAAAUCAUUAACAAAGCGGCUAGAAUUGGUGGAUUCAAACAAAAUGUUGAGCCUAAGAUUGACAGAGAGGUGGUAGAUCAUGUUGAAUCAGUUUCACCUGUAUUGGAGCUUGAAGAAUCAAAGGAAGUUGCUUCCUUCAUUAAUUUGCCUGCUAUGUCAGAGCCAUCUGUUCUUUUAUCAGAAGUGACGAGAUCCAAUCUUUAUGCCUCUUUUCCUGUUCUUGCCAAAGGAAUGAACUGGGUCUUGCUAUACAGCACAUGGAGGCACGGAAUAUCUUUAUCUACUUUAUACAGAAGGAGCAUGCUUUGCCCUGGUUACUCUCUUUUGGUAGUUGGGGAUAAAGAAGGUGCAGUUUUUGGCGGUUUAGUUGAGGUUCCAUUGCAACCAACCACUGCAAAGAAAUAUCAGGGGAGCAAUAGCUGCUUUGUUUUCACUAAUUUACACAGCAAUCCUAGUGUAUAUCGGCCAACUGGUGCUAAUAACUAUUUCACAGUGUGCUCCACUGACUAUUUGGCACUAGGAGGGGGAGGUCAUUUCGCACUUUAUCUAGAUUCCGACCUGUUGAGUGGUUCAAGUUCCAGUUCAGAGACUUUUAACAACAUGUGUUUAUCUCAUUCCCCGGACUUCGCUGUAAAAGACGUUGAGCUGUGGGGUUUCGUCUAUCCUUCCAAAUACGAAGAGACGCUCGCCCUCUGCCGUACUGAAAAACCAGGAAUUUGUCGAUGGUGAUUUGGUGGUCGUUGAAUUGCUGAAUCUGCGAAUAUUACAUCUGUACAGUUUUCCCCCCCGUAAAGUUGAGGGAAUUUUAGUGCACAGGAUCGUGUAGGACUGUAGGAGUGCUGGAAACUUGCCUUUCUCAAGCGAGUUUUCUCAGAGCUGCUGUAAAUAUUGUAACCUUGUUAGUAUUCAUGGACGUGCUGUUUGUUUGUUUGUUUUAUUGUUGUCAUUAAACCGGCGAUACAUGCAACCUUCCAUGGCCCCAUAUCUCUACAAGAAAAUCGUGUGAUUUGGAAGCAA